AUGCCCUCCACUUCAGGGACAGAGGGUGGCUCAUCCCUUUCGUGCUCCCUCAGCUCCCUCCUCAGUGCCUGGUGGCUGGUUGGCAUCACAGUCAUGCCCUUGAAUGAUGGGAGCUGGUCCAUACUGGAUCUGCGGAGCAGUGACAUCACAAGAAAAACCACCAACCAGGGCCAGGGAGACCAGAGCCCAGCACCUCACCCAAAGGACCCCAGUCAGAGGCCCCAUCUCAGACCCAAGGCUAGCAUGGGCUGCAGGCUGCUCUGCUGUGUGGUUCUCUGUCUCCUGGGAGCAGUUCCCAUAGACACUGAAGUUACCCAGACACCAAAACACCUGGUCAUGGGAAUGACCAAUAAGAAGUCUUUGGAAUGUGAACAACAUAUGGGGCACAAUGCUAUGUAUUGGUACAAGCAGAAAGCGAAGAAGCCGCCGGAGCUCAUGUUUGUCUACAAUUAUGAGAAACUCUCUAUAAAUGAAAGUGUGCCCAGCCGCUUCUCACCUGAAUGCCCCAAGAGCUCUCUCUUAAACCUUCACCUACACGCCCUGCAGCCAGAAGACUCAGCCCUGUAUCUCUGCGCCAGCAGCCAAGACACAGCCUUGCAGAGUCACUGGUUUCCUGUGCAGAAACCUUCAGGGCCUGCCAGGAAGCUGUGGGGGCCACGGACGGCUCGGGUGAACAUUUCCUGCAAGAGCCCCGACAGAAGCUUCAGAACAUCCUAG